AAGACAAUGGAGAGCGGCUCAACUCACUGGCAACGCUCUGUCCAAUUGAAUGGAGCCGCUGACUCUCUACCUUUGAAAGGUGCCGUCGUUUGCUGCACCUCCGUCCCAGAUGAAAAGCGCACAGAGCUGGCGGCGUAUGCCGAGCAGAUGGGCGCGGUGCAUCGACACGACUUAACCCUCGACGUUACGCAUCUUAUAGUUGGCAAAUAUGAUACCCCGAAAUAUAGAUAUGUCGCGAAGGAAAGACCAGAUGUGCGGCCAAUGACCAUAAGGUGGAUCGAAGCUAUCCGGGAGUUAUGGAUUAACGAUCAAGAGAUUGACACCGAUGCGCUGGAGCGGGAACACAUCUUGCCUACUUUAACCUCACUAAGGUUUAGCAUGACUGGCUGUGAUGAUCCUACGGAGAGGCUCGAGAUUGCGGAGUUGGUCAAGGCAAAUGGCGCGAUAUAUGAGGGAGACUUGACGAGGCAGAUUACACACUUAAUAUCAUUCCGGACCGAGGGCGAUAAAUAUAAAGCAGCAAAAAAUUGGGGCUUGCACAUUGUGUCUAUUGAGUGGCUGAGGGAUAGCUUGGAGAGGGGUAUGAUUUUAGAAGAGAAGCUGUAUGACCCAGCUCUGCCGCCUGAAGAAAGGGGGAAGGGCGCUUGGGAUCGAACGAAACCGAAGAGGACGUCCCCGGGGAAAAGAUCCAGAGAUGAUAGCAGCACAAGUUUAGAUGGGGGAAGGAGGAAGUUACGCAGGACGGCCAGUACGAAGUUGGGCAGUCAAAACGAAAGUAUAUGGGGAGAUAUAGUUGGAGGCGGAAUGGUUGCCCAAGUCGCCCGAAGUGGUGUAUGGGAAGCAAAUAACGACCAGGCCGCGGUGCGAAAUGAGUCAACAUCCAGAAGACAGUCCGAUCAAGGUUCCAGUAUGAGGAUGUUGGAGCUCACCGCCGACCAUCAGCCGUCGAUACAAGGUGUGUUCAGUGGGUGCCGUUUCUACUUAGAAGGAUUUGGCCUUAAGAAGUCGUCAAUCCUGAGUGGACAUUUAACUCCUCAUGGAGCUGAUGUGGCAGGCACGCUCGAGGAUCUGCUAGCUCCGAGGCAGAACGACUUACCGCUACGUUUGUUUAGGAUCGUCCCAAGUGAUCUUCCCAUAUCGAAACACUCUCCCUUGCCAGAGUCUCACCUGUCGGUCGAAACGAUUACUGAGUGGUGGGUGGAACUGUGUCUCCAUCACAAGAAGUUCAUGGAGCCUACCGAGAAUGUCAUCGGUAGGCCAUUUCCCAAGUUUCCAAUUGAGGGGUUUCGGGAGAUAAUAGCCUCAUCGGCUGCAUUUACCGGUAUUGACUUACUACACGUUACGAGAGCAGUGAAACUCCUUGGCGGAACUUAUAGCGAGUUUCUAACCCCCAAGUCCUCGGUGCUAAUAACGAAGUCAGUGGAGAAGCUAAGGAAGGACAAGUUUGACUAUGCACAGGAAUAUAAAAUUCCAAUUGUGAAUGCAGCCUGGCUCUGGGACUCAAUAAGUGUUGGUAUGUUAUUACCGUUUCAGAAAUACCGUUGCCGGCUCGCAAAGCGUACGGAAUCUUUGUCGCGCAGUGGAAGUUUGGCGGUAUCCAAGGAAAUUCAACAGCAUGGACGGUCAAAGAGCGAGAUCUCGAAGUCUGUCCAGAGAUCAGAUAGUCACUCGUCGAAUUCCGCAGCAAGACCACCUCGAAAUUUAGGACUGGAUACGACAGCCUUCACGGCCGAUGAACCAGUUGCUGUCAAAGAAGAAGAUUCACCAAGUCUACUACAAACCCUAGCCAACGCCUCCAACUCAUCUACGAAACCCUCAACCGGAACGGAACCCCUCGCGGAGAUCAAUAACAACUCACCUACAAGAACCGUUUCAACCGCGUCCGCACCAGAGAAUCAUCCUGCCCCAAGACCACAAGCGGAGAUCAACAGCGCCAUCUCCAACCUGCUAGCCAAAACAAAAUCCUCUUCCAAGCACCCCGAUGAGAGCGAGCCCACAGAAGGCCGCAAGCGCGGGGCAAACAGAAUCCUGGGGCGAGCUGCAAGCAACGUCUCCACAGCCUCGACACACUUCUCCCGCGCCUCCUCUGUCGAUUCUACAGCGACGCACGGCCGGCCCGUCGAAUACCCCAGCAACUCCGCAUCUGGCCCCUCCACAACCAACGAACAAGUCGAGAAAUUCCUCGACGCCUCCAACGACCGCAACAUCGACAAGAGCCUUGACAGCCAGCCCCCGAUGACGCAGCUACAGUACGAAGAUCCCGAAAGCAAAGAGUACCAAGAGAUGGUGCAAGCCAAGAUGCGAGGCGAGAAAUUUGAGAUCGGGGGGAAGAGGACGGGGUUGAAGGAGAAAAGUAUCACGUUAGGAGAUAUUGCGGGUGCGAGUGGAGUGCACAAGGGGAGAUCAAAGAGGGAGAGAGCUCCGCCUGGGUUCAGGUAACGGGCCGGAAGAGUUGGAUAUUUAAUGACGGGAAUGACGAAACUGCAACUGCAGUACUAUCUAUCUGACGACUCACUUAUUCGGUAGUUGGAAAGAAAAAAGAAACACUAUUGAAUACAUGAUGAUCCUCCC